ACGUGAUUGCGAAACAAUUGUGCAUAAUUGCUGAUUUUGGGUUCGUACUACGAAUAUAAACGGGGACAUAAUGAAGUAUGGAAGUACAAGGGGCGGUGUGAGGGAUCUCACCUUCGAGGAGGCGCUAUUUACUGGAUAUGCUUGUGACGGGGGUAUACUGCUUCCACAACAAAUACCUUCAGUGCCAAUAGAGACCCUGAAGAGCUGGAAGGACCUUUCCUUUGUAGAACUAGCCAAAAAGAUUGUUCCAUACUUUAUUUCGGAAGAAGAAAUUCCAGCACCAGAUUUGAAUGAAUUGCUGGAUAAAGCCUAUGGUACUUUUUCCUGCCCCGAAAUUGCUCCGGUUGCUAGCCUCAAAGAUGACGUCACCAUACUUGAAUUAUUCCAUGGUAAGACGUGGGCUUUUAAAGAUUUGGCUCUUUCCUGUGUUGGACAGUUUAUCAACUACUUUUGCUCGAGAAGUAAAACGCACUACACGGUUAUUGUAGGAACAUCCGGGGACACUGGUAGUGCUGCAAUCGAGGCAGUCCGCGGACUAAAAUGGGUAGACAUUAUUGUAUUGUUGCCUCGUGGACGGACCUCAUACGUACAGGAGAAACAAAUGACCACUGCAACAGACAAAAACGUGCACGUGUUCAGAGUUGACGGUACGUCUGAUGACCUUGACCUUAUAAUAAAACCAGUUUUCCUGGACGAGGACUUUCAAAAGAAGUACCACCUUACAAGUAUUAAUUCAAUCAACUGGUCUCGAAUAAUGGUGCAAAUUGUGCACUACUUUUAUGCCUAUCUGAAGAUGUGCGAUGAUUGUGGUCGUCCUGUAGAAAUUGCUGUGCCAACGGGGGCAUGCGGAAAUGUUACAUCUGGUUGUAUCGCAGCUAAAAUGGGCCUUCCCAUAAGACUUGUGUGUGCUGUCACGUGCAACGAUAUUGUGUCUCGUACCAUUGCAAGUGGAGAUUUUAGCAUGGCUCCGGACGUAACACCAACUUUAGCACCAGCGAUGGACAUACAGAUACCUUAUAACAUGGAGCGUAUAUGGUAUAUCUUCAGUGAGGGGGAUACAGCCCUCGUUUCGGGUUUGAUGGCGCAGUUUGAAAAGAAUGGUUCUGUCAAAGUUCCUGAUGAGCUUGCGAAGAAAAUCUCGAGCGUUAUUGUGGAUACCUUCGUGGCAACAGACGAUGACGUAAAGGCGACUAUGUUAAAGAUAUGGAAGGACAACUCUUACCAAAUAUGUCCUCACACAUCUACUGCUGUAGCAUAUCACCUUGGUCAAAGAAAAAAGAAUGACAUGAAAACCCCGCGUAUCUGUAUAGCGACAGCGUCUGUCGCUAAGUUUCAAGAAGCGGUAAAAGCAGCCGGUGUGCCGGUACAACAAGAUGAGAGAGUUACCGCCCUUCAGAACAUGGACACGAAAUACGAAGAUAUGGAAAAGGGAGAAGAUUGGGAAAAGCUACUGAGGAAAAAGAUAGUUGAAAUUAAUGCUUAAAGGGGAACGUGUAAUUUUUUUUAUCAUUUUAACAUGCAACAUUUUAUAAAAACGUCGUUAUUAACCGGCCAAAAAAAAUAAAUCCGGACACAAUUACUUGAAUAAUGUUCACAUGUUAAGACGACAGUCUUUUUGCGUAUUAUGACGUAGUCGUUCUUUUAUGACUUGUUUAUUGUCAAAUUAAGGUAUUGUUGACAUAUAUACAUUUAGCAUUAUAGAGGUAUUUUAUACUGUUAAACGAGUUGAGUCAAAUAAUAAAUUGCUAGGCUUUGCCAAGUAGAUUAUAGUUUUUGUUCAGUGCGUUUAAUAAUACCAAUUUCAAUGUAGAAAGACACAAUGUAGUGUUCUUUUUAUCGUAUGUUAGCUUUUUUGCUUCUUCUUAAUGCUAGUUCGACCAACGUCUUCUACAGGCCUACUGAAAACGACGUCAACGUUAAAAUGUUCUUACAUUUGUGUAUUACCAAAAA